AUGGCUAGAGGUCGAGGUCGCGGAAGCACAGGGCGCGGAGGUAAGUCUGCAGUUAGGAGUAAUAAUGAUGUUACUGCAAACGUACUUACUGUUCCCACUUCUACUAUUGUUACUUCUCAAGCUGAUGUCAUAGGUGGUCAAAAUAAUACAAAUCAAGUUCAACCAUUGAUUCCUCAAAUUAGAUCAACGGUUCAAACUUCUGGUGAUGGUAGCAACUAUAUAACUCCUGAAUCAUCUCCGAAUGCUCUAAAUCAGAUCAACAGAACAAGAGAAGAUAUGACUCGAGGAAGAGGUACAGGUCGAGGAAGCAUAGGACGUGUGGGCAAGUCAGCAGCUAGGACUAAUAUGCCUGUUCAUACUACAAAUAUGCCUACUAUUCCCACUCCUACAGUUGCGCCACAAACAGCUGGUGGCGUAGGUGCUCCAACUUCUAAUCAUGGUAGUAUGUCUCCUACUACUCCAAAUCAGACCAACCCAACAAUUGUAGUUACGUCUUCACAAACCAACCAAGUAGGUGAGGACAUAUCUCGUAGCAACACAAAUGGAGAAAGUAAUUCCAGUCGGAGCCAUGUGCGGACCCUUGUUACUAUAACUUCUACAAGAUUGCAACUUUCUAAAGUAUGCUCCAAUAGGAUACACGAGUCUUUUAAAAGUGAACUUGAUCACAAUGGAGUCAAUUGGAAAGGUGUCUCAUGUGACAUAAAAGAUGGCUAUUUUGGGGAAUCCAAGAAACACUUCUAUUGGGAUUCUUCCGUUACUGAUGUUGCAGUAAAGAAACACUGGCAGAAUCCAAAGUGUGUUGAAAAGUCCAAAAUAAAUGCACAGAAUCGUCAUGGAGGCAAAGAAGUGGCUGCUGGAACUCCCACGGGAGGACCUAUCUCAAUUGGAGAGUACCGAAAGAGACUUGCUACUGAAAUGGGUCGAGAUCCGACACCAAGUGAGUUAUAUUUGCAUGUUCACACACAUGGUCAUGAUGGAAAAUAUUUCAUUGAUGAACGUUCCCGAAUCGUCUAUGAAAGAUUUGAAGAAAUAUUACGAGAAAAAACAUUAUCAGAAUCUGUUAUUAAUCAAAUUGAAGCAUAUUACCAAGCUGCCGGAGGAGAAAAAAAGCGAAGAGUAUUUGGUUUUGGAUCUAAAGCCAAAGGCUACUACGACCAAACUCUGUGUAUUUCUUGUGGAAAUACUUCAUCUCCAGCUUCACAUGAAUCGGUACCAGCUGAAGAUUCGGAUUUGGAUGAGUUUGUGAAGCGAUUGAUUCCCGCACUUAAAAUUCAAUUUUUUUCCUAUUGUCAUUGA